GAAUAGUCGACUUUUCAAAUGGGAGACUUCUUGCCAGAAAUUUCGACAUGCUGCAAAAAUCAUGUAAAUAUCUGCAUUAGGCCAAAGGUCACCAGGAAAAGAUGGCGGUACCCAGACGACAUGGAAUUUUGCGGACGUUUUCUUUUCCCUCUGGUCACCAUCCCCUGCACCUAGGAAUCACAGCUCAGGAUGCAAGUAUUAUAGGAUGCAAUAUAGAAGACGCCGUGUCUAUAGUUUCAAUUCCAAGGGUGAUAAAUGAUUCUGACACGAGGAAAGAACUGUUCGCCUGCGUUUCGCCCCUCCCCCUCUGCUCGGAACCAGCCGGAGGGGGCGGGGACGAUGGUAGGGCUGAUAUCAUUACUUUGUUUGCUGAUGAGAUGUUCUUCCGACAUUAUGGCUUCAGACACGAAGAGAAGGUUAACCUUCGCCUCGUGAAAGCUUUUCCUCUAAGCAGACUUGUUAUUGGGACUCGGAAGCAGCAGUGUUACAACUGGGCAAAUGGUGUGAUGUUCGGAACCGGUCUCCUUGUUGCGGUCUGCCAACAGAAGCUGUUAGCCAGGAAAGGAGACGUGAUGUUGGCACCCGUGCUGCCGAUGCUAGGUGAUGCCGACACUGUCCUGCAGCAGUAUUUUGACAUGACAGUACUGGAAUGUGAACCUGCGUUGCAGGGGGUAGUCACUGUCAAUACUUCUGUUAUUGUCACACUGAUGGAUGAGGAAAGUGAAGCAGGAGGUGACACCUCACUUCAGGCAGAGAGAGAUGGAGUUUCGCCCCCAAUAGCUGUUGUGUCUGACUUUGCCAGCUGUCUGCAGACCUUGGAGUACACGCUAUCACUGUUGCCACAAGCUAGCCUCACUAAGGACAGUGCAGAGAAAGUUUUAUCUUUACUACACAGUUCACAACAUGUGAAGAGUUCAGACAUGAGGAUGAGAGUAAGAAUGCUCCAGCAGCAGCUGAGUGCAGCUGGGGAGACAAAUUCAGGUGUCAGGUGUGCAGCUGAGCAUCAGGUGUUUGCCACUCUUGCUACACUGCAGAGGUUGAAAUGUUUCAGUGGUUCCUGGGUCAAACUUUUCAUUGCUUCUGACAAUGAAUGUCAGUCUCAGGAUGGGGAAAUCCCAUCUGUUAAUGUUCCAGAUGCUGUUGAUUCUUUUAUCACGUCUCAAGAAGAGAAAGUCUCUAACACGAUCCCUGACCCUGACCUUAUAGAAAAGACUACAGAAGACCUACUACCAUCAAGUAGUCCAGCAAAGAAGGUUGCUCCAAGAGUUUGCCUGAUUCAGUUGUGUGCUAUUGAGACAGGCGGUCCACAGACAGCGUUAGAAGAUGGUACACUCCAUGUCUCCCCCCAGCUGUGGUUUAAUCUUCAGAGCCUGCCUCCCAUCAAAUCACCUGACAGUUGUAUGUGUACAAUAAAGCCCCUGAUGGCGCUCAGUCCUGAUGUCCCCAGCCAGUCCCAGAGCCACAGCAGGUUCUGUCAGCCUCCAUAUGCCAGCCAGGUGUCCAUCGCCAUGGUGACCUCACCUGCCUACACACCCACCUGUCACUUUGACUCAGCACUGAAAAAAUACUUCUCUACUACCAGAGUCAUCACACUUGGAGACAUAUUAUGUGUUUCAACUGAAGAUGAUUCAGAAUUGUUCCAGGAGAUGGUGGAUGGUGAGAUGAUGAGGUGUCCAUUUGUAUACUUUAAGGUGACCCAGGUAUCACCCACCUGUGAGGAAGUGCCAUCCUAUCUGGUGGAUUUGAAGCAUACUGACUUGUACCAGGAAGGGUUUAUGAACAGCUACAUCCCUGUAUCAGCUGAUACCUUCACAUCUGACACAGCAGCCUCCAUGUGGACCAGUGUUCAUCCCCCAGGCCUGGACCUAUGUGUGGAUAGACUGUGUGAAACCAUUGUCCCAUACCUUAUGCACAGCCAACCUGAGUCAGUGAAACCCUCUGUCCUGCUGACUGGACCUCAGGGUGUGGGCAAGUCUACAGUCAUCAGGGCUGUCAGGAGGAGACUCAACAUGCACCUGCUACAGGUGAACUGUUAUAACCUGUGUGGGGAGAGUGCUGCCACCGUCGAGGCUGGGACAGCAUGUCCCGUACCCGUGUCUGUUCUGGGGCGGGGCUGGGCUUGGCAUGAGGAGGACCCCAGGGUGGCUGCCAUGCUGCAUGAAGCAGUAGCAGGACUCAGACAUGAAGCCAGUGAGUACCCAGUGAUAGUGGUGGCCAGCAGUGCAGCUGCUAAGGAUGUGACAAGUGAUGUGAGGGGAGCAUUCCUUCAUCAUGUGGAUAUUAAGACACCCAGUAAAAGAGAGCGUGGUCUGAUGUUGAAGACACUCUGUCAGGAUGUGCCACUCAGCUCAGAUGUCUCCAUGGACAAGGUUGCUGCCAGAUCAGCAGGUUUGGUUCUUGGGGAUCUGUGCAGUCUCCUGUCCUGUACAACAAGAAAGGCUCAUCGAAGAAUUCUAGAUUCAUGCUGUCCAGAUGGCAGGUUGAGCCAGCAGGACCAGGUGGACCUUGUAGCAGCUGGGGUGGAGGUGAAACAGGUGGACUUUGAGAAGGCCCUGGACCACCUGCAGGCAGCUCACUCAGAUGCCAUUGGGGCACCAAAGAUCCCCAACGUGAGCUGGGAGGAUGUUGGUGGGCUGGCCCAGGUGCGGGCAGAGAUCCUGGACACCAUCCAGCUGCCUCUGCAGCACCCGCAGCUGUUUGCAGCUGGCAUGAGGAGAUCAGGUGUCCUGCUGUAUGGACCUCCAGGCACAGGGAAGACCCUGCUGGCUAAAGCUGUGGCUACAGAGUGUUCACUCAACUUCCUCAGUGUGAAGGGUCCAGAGCUGAUCAACAUGUACGUAGGGCAGAGUGAGGAGAAUGUGAGAGAAGUGUUCUCCCGUGCCAGAAGUGCGGCCCCAUGUGUGAUCUUCUUUGAUGAGCUGGACUCCCUCGCUCCUAACAGGGGCAGGAGUGGGGACUCAGGAGGGGUCAUGGACAGGGUUGUUUCUCAGCUGCUGGCAGAGCUGGACGGUCUGCACUCCGCUGCUGAUGUGUUUGUGAUCGGAGCCACCAACAGGCCAGACCUACUGGAUCCUGCACUGCUCAGGCCGGGAAGGUUUGACAAGCUGUUGUUCCUGGGUGUGAGUGAAGACCGACCAUCACAGCUGAAGAUUCUACAGGCUCUCACAAGGAAGUUCCAACUUGCUGCUAGCACACAGCUGGAGAAUGUUGUAGACCAGUGUCCCUACAACAUGACAGGGGCAGACUUCUACGCUCUCUGCUCUGAUGGAAUGCUCAAUGCCAUCAGGAGGAAGAUAGAGCAGCUGGAAGCAGGCCUGCCAGUUGACCAGACUGAUGUGACAGUAGAGGAGCAGGAUUUCAUCACAGCACUCCAGACGCUGGAACCUUCCGUGUCCAUCUCAGAACUGGACAGGUACAAGCAGCUACAGGGUCUGUUCACAACUUCUCUACCCAACUCAUCAGCCCCAAGUCUGGAGUAAUAACUACAGUUUUUAAAGCAUCUUGGUUUGAACAGAUCAAAGUGAUAAGUGCUGCAAUGGAAUACCAAAAAGGUAAAUGAAUUGUUUGAGAAUGUGUAACUUAGUUGCAUUUUGCAGAGGGCUCAGUAACUUUGGCACUGUCCCCCACAUCAGCACACCCCCCCAAGUUGCAAUUACAGAAGAAUUUUGAUAUUCUUUGUCAAUGCUGCAUUAAUAACAUCACUAAGACCAAGUCUGAUCACAAGGCAUUUAUUAGUUUGACACAUUGGAUGAAACAGUAUGUGCGUAAUGGCCUAAAACAAUAGGUCAGUCAGAUAUCUACAGCAGUAUGAAAUAAAGUUGUGCUUUUCAAUAUGU